CUGAAAUGUGCAUAUACUUCUACAUCAUUAUCAUAGUCGUCAUUGUGAUCAUCAUUGUGUUGAUUGUCAUGCAGGUAACGGGGAGUUUUUAGUGGAUUCGGAAUGCGGAGGUGUCAGCAAUUUGACGAUAGCAAUUCGACACGCAAGGGCGCCCAAACGCGAAUAGCCCAUAAAUACGUAAUGCUCGGUGGGAUGGGCCAACAGUUCUCGACUGGAAACACAGCUGGAAAGAUGCGUCUAAGCCUGAGCUACUUCCUGGGUCUUCUGAUGGUGCUCGUCUGCGGCACGGCGCUGGUGACCGCCAGACCGCAGGGUCCGUGCGGCCCACCGCCGAGUGGACCACCGCCAAGCGGACCGCCACCAUCGGGACCACCACCAGGCGGACGCUGCCCACCCCCACCAUCGACCACCGCCUCCUCGGGCUAAGCGGACCCCAGCGAACCGAUUCCCGUUUGUCCAAACUGGCGCUCCCACAUAUUCUGCAUGCAACAAUGGCUCGGGACUCGUCCUGUUUGCUUAUUAUAAGUACAUAUAUCUAUAUGUUUUUUUUUGUCUCUAUUCUCUUUUUUACCUCAACAGCUCUGUUGAUUUGUACACCUUAAAUAUACACGCAUGUAGCUUUGCAACAAAAAAAAAAAAAAA